GCUCCUCCUGUUGCCAUGGCAGCCUGGCUACGGAAGUGCUCUGCGGCGCUUCACUCCAGCCGCAGGUCCGCAGCGAGCCGGGCCGCGGGGAGCGGCUCCCUCCGUGCAGCUGAAGAUGGCGGACGGCGGGGAAGCAGCGGGCCAGCAGGAAGAGGCGGCGGUUGGCGGGCCGCGGCGGGACGAAGGGCCCCGGGCUAAUGCCCGGCCACCCACGGCCCGGGACUUACAGUUGGCUUUGGCUGGGUUAUAUGAAGAUGAAGUUAAAGGCAAGUUAUCCCAUUCUGACAGACCACCAGCUACAGUGGUCGGUAACCCAAGAGUACCAGUUCAGAGUCUAAAAAUUGACUCCUUCAGAAGCUUGAGAAAACCAGAAAGAAGCAUGAGUGAUGACAAAGAAAACCAAAGAUUUUACUCAGGUGACUCAGAAUAUAGCGGACUACAGAUUGUUGGGCCUUCUAAUAAGAAUCCCAGUAAAAUUGUUGGUGAACUUUUCAAAGAGGCGAAAGAACAUGGGGCAGUUCCACUGGAUGAAGCCGCAAGAGCCUCAGGUGAUUUUAGUAAAGCUAAAUCAUUUUCAGGUGGUGGAUACAGAUUGGGUGACUCAUCCCGGAAGCGCUCUGAAUAUAUAUAUGGAGAAAAUCAGAAUGGGCAAGAUGUUCAAAUUUUGCUUAAACUGUGGAGGAAUGGUUUCAGUUUAGAUGAUGGAGAGUUGAGAACUUACACAGACCCAACAAAUGCUCAGUUUCUUGAGUCUGUUAAAAGAGGAGAGAUUCCUUUGGAACUUCAACGGUUGGUGCAUGGUGGCCAAGUUAACUUGGAUAUGGAAGACCACCAAGAACAGGAAUAUGAAAAGCCUAGACUGAAAUUCAAAGCUUUCAGUGGAGAAGGACAAAAGCUUGGAAGCCUCACACCUGAAAUUGUCAGUACACCUUCUUCCCCAGAAGAAGAGGAUAAAUCCAUUCUUAAUGCAACUGUUCUGAUUGAUGACUCCAUUGCAACAACUAAAAUUCAGAUUAGGCUAGCGGAUGGAAGCCGUUUGAUACAAAGAUUCAAUCAAACACACAGGAUUAUGGAUAUUCGAGACUUUAUUAUCCAGUCCCAUCCUGCAUUUGCAGCAGCUGACUUUGUUCUUGUGACUACAUUUCCAAAUAAAGAGCUAACAGAUGAAAGUCUGACACUACAAGAAGCAGAUAUACUUAACACUGUGAUUCUUCAACAACUAAAGUAAUCUUGCACCUGUCAGUGCAAUAUAGCUUUUGGGGAUAGGUAUUGUGCCAAACUGUCAUACAAGGAUGCUUCCAGUGGUGCAGAGGGAGGGAAUCAAAUCAACAUCUUCUUUCACUUGUACAGAUCAGUUUUUUGUUUUUAUUUCUGUUCUGUCUUCCAAUGAUAGCAUAUUUGAAUCAGAUUUUAGAGUGUUUUUACAGUUUUAAAACUAAGCUUGUAUAAAUUGAUACGUUCCAAAACUCAGCAAAAACUAAUAAGCUAUUUGAGAAACACAGCUAUCACUUUAUUAUUCAGAUAUUUUUAGGGCAGAAAAGCAGUUUUUUCAGGGAGUCAGUGUCUUUUUACACACUUGGUAAGUCUUGCACUAAGGAAAUGAUUUAUGCUGCAGUGACAAACAGCCUUUUGAACACUUAACUCAGUAGGUUGAGAUAUGUUUAUUUCCCUUAGCACAUAGAUUUUCAAGUAUUCUCUUUGUAAGUUGACAUGUGUACAUGCCCUAAUAUGAUUUUAAAAUAUUCUGUUUGUAGUGUUUUGUUGGUGCAGUAUAAUUAUUUUAUGUAAUUAACCUAUAAAUAUUUUUCCUGUAAAUUAUCCUAUAACCUUCACUAUGAAUGGAUCAGUAACAAACGAAAAACAAAUCUCAGCCUUUUCUGAUUAUAUUUAAUAUUGUUCUCACUCAUAUUUAAUAUUGUUCUCACUCAUGCUCCAGUUGUAAUUCUCAUGUUGGAAAGAAUUUACUUUAAACAGAAAUAGUAGAGAGUAAUAGCAACUAAUGGACAAACAUCAAGCUCCACAUUUUCAAAAGAAAUGGCUUGAUGAUCACAUUCAAACACCCAUGUUCAAUUGAGACCUAUGCAGAUACACAAUUCCAUGCGUAAGCAGUUAUUUAGGUGCCCAAAUAACAUUUGUGUGCACAAACACAAGACUUGUUUAUGCAGUCACUUGAAUACACACAAGAAGAUGUGCAGUUGUGCAUGCAGUUUUGUACCUCGACUUUAGCUCUUCGUAUUUUGUAUUUUGGCCAAAAGUGUUAUAUUUUUAAAGUAGUGCAAUGGGGAUUUAGUUAUGCAAUUUUCUUUAUUCUCACUGGCAGCUGCGUGAUUAAACCAUGGCAAUUAUUUGAAAAUAUAUUUUUUUCAAAGAGUUUAAUCCUGCAUUCUGCUGAGCAGAUAGAAUAGUGUGAAAUAGAAAAUGGGCUCCUGUACUUACACAGCCACAGAUAUUAUAAAUCUGCAUACUGUGCGUCAAAAGAGAGGAUCAAACCUUAGAUGAGGCGAAUGGGCUGCAUCCCAUGUGCCAAUAUGUAUAGAAUGUUAUCUUUAAUAUUAUUUCCCAAAAACUUGAAAACUUAAUUCACUAUACUUAGCUCACCCUUGGUCAGUAGAAUUUAUUUUAAAUUCUUACCUCAAAGCAGACAUUUCCAACUAUAAGUAAUUUUCAAUCAUUUGCAACCAUAUAUGAGGUCAAAUGGUUUGUAAGACAAAUAUCUGCAUGAUUUAAACAAUCACAAAUACAAAUACAUUGUGUGUGCUAAUCAAUAAAGAAAAGACUUUAAGCUAAAAA